AUGGUGCUUCUGACCAAUGCAACACUCACGGCCAGCUCGACCACGGUCACGGAGCACAAAGACUCCCUGACUCUGCUGUGUGAGACCCAGGAGACCGCGGUCACCAUCCACUGGUUCUUCCAGAACCACCCCCUUGUGCUGGAUGCGCACAUGAGUUUGUCGGACGAUGACAGGAACCUCACCUUCACCACCGUGCAGCGGACAGACUUCGGGACUUACCAGUGUGAAAUCCAAAACGCGAGUCAUUCCCUAAAGAGCAACAUCCAGAACAUUGUGGUCAACUAUGGCCCCGACCCUUUUACAAUCACGCUGGACAUUGAGAACGCCAACUGGAAGAUGGAGGAGGUGCCCAGGGGCUCCCAUGUGACCUUCUCCGUGAACAUUCAGUCCUACCCGCCCCCAAAUUUCACUUGGACUGUCCCCUAUAACGUCGAACAACCGAUUACCACCUUCAGAUUCUCCAUCCCCCACAUCACCGGGAAACACAGUGGCACCUACAGAUGCGUGGUCAGCAACCUUGUCACUCAGCUGACCCACAUGGACACCCUGGAAAUCCAGGUGCCAGACCACCUGACCCCACCGUCCAUCCUGGUGUCCAGCGACUUCCUGGUGGAGAGUGACACUGGCCCACCCGUGAACCUGACCUGCAGGACGAACCACACGGACCUGAGUGUCCACUGGCUACUUGGGGGCCAACCUCUGCAGCCCAACGAGCGCCUGGUGCUGUCCACUGACAACCGCACCCUGGCCAUCUACCGUCUCCGGCGCUCGGACACGGGGCCCUACCAGUGCCUGGUGUGGGACAGUACCAGCGAAGCCCGCAGCGACCCUGUCCACCUGGACAUCUACUACGGCCCCGACCAGGUGAACAUCAGCAGCAGCACACAGGACAUGCCCAGACCCGUCCUUGAGGCCGCCCUGGGCUCCAACCUGACCUUGAACUGCCAGACAGACGCCCACCCCAGCCCUCAGUACCACUGGACCUCCAGGAACCGGACAUACGCCACCAACCAGCUCGUCUUCGAGGCCUUGACUUGGGAGGAUGAUGGGGUGCACACAUGCACAGCCACGAACCCUCAGACCGGCAAGAGCAGCUCCAACUCGGUGGUGCUCAGACUGGGGGGUCCCUCCCCGGCCCUGUCUGCAGGAGCCAUCGCUGGCAUCACCGUGGGGGUCGUGGCCGCCAUUCCCGCCACUGUGGGCUUGUUGCACCUCUGCGGCAUCAUAAGAGUGUACAUGCGACUCGAUCUCGUUUUCAUGCUGUCUAGAGAACAUAUGCUGUCUAAAGAACAUAUGCUGUCUCCGCCUAUGCAGCAGUGA